AAAAAAUUUAGAUUUUUGGUUCAACGGCCCCUCAUUUCUUUCACAACCAGAACACACAUGGCCUACACUGAACACUAAACCUAAUGAUUUAAAUGAAAUACCUGAAAUAAAAACAGUAAAAAUUAAUACAUGCACAGAAAAUACAAACAAUAAACUCAUAAAUUUUGAAGAUCAUUCUAACCUAAACCGUUUACAACGAUCAUUUUCAUACGUACUACGUUUCAUUCAUAAUUGUAGAAACAAACAAAGAAAGACUGGUAUUUUGCAGCCUGAGGAGCUCACUGCUUCUCUUGAAUGGUUGGUAAAGCUAGCCCAAGAGGAAACUUUCUCAAAGGAGCUCAAUAUCCUGAAAAAUAACAAACCACUCAAUCCGAAGAACCCAUUGUUAUCUUUAAAUCCAUUUCUGGACUCUAAUAAUAUUUUGAGAGUGGGAGGACGUCUAGAUUCUUCUUGCUACUCAUUUGAAAAGCGUCAUCCCAUGCUUCUUCACUCAAAGCAUACGCUUACAAAGUUACUGUUUCGUCGUGAACACAUACGUCUUCUUCAUGCUGGUCCACAGCUAUUACUUUCUUCCAUAAGGGAAUAUAUUUGGCCAAUUGCUGGCAGAGAUCUAGCUCGUACUACAGCAAGACAGUGUGUAGUCUGUCGCAAAGUAAGCGGUAAAACUACAACUCCUAUCAUGGGAUCGUUACCUAAACAACGUGUUGACCCAGGGUUUCCCUUCUUGAGUACUGGUGUUGACUUUGCCGGACCAUUUUUAAUUACAGACAGAAAAGGAAGAGGGUGUAAGAUAACUAAAUGUUACUUAUGUCUAUUUGUUUGCUUCCGGUAUAAAUGCUUGCAUCUAGAAGCUGUAAGUGAGCUUUCUAAAGAUUCUUUUAUAUUAUCAUUGCGUCGUUUUAUCUCUCGACGCGGGAAACCAAGGGAAUUCUUUUGCGAUAAUGGCCGGAAUUUCGUUGGUGCAGCCAGGGAAAUCGGCGAAUUCCUUACUUCUAACUCUGGUGACAUAUCAGCUUUUUCUUCAGAGUUAGGAAUCAAAUUUAAUUUUCAACCUGCAUAUGCUCCUCACUUCGGUGGGUUAUGGGAGGCUGGCGUUAAGUCGGCAAAGUAUUAUUUAAAGCGUAUUUUAGGCAACUGUCAUUUAACAUUCGAAGAAUUGGCAACUUUGUUUACUCAAAUUGAGGCUAUCCUCAACAGUAGACCUUUAUGUCCAUUAUCCUCAUCCCCUAAUGAUUACCAACCUUUAACCCCAGGGCAUUUCCUAAUUGGUCGUCCAUUGCUGUCAUUUCCAUCACCAAAUUUAGAAGAUGCUAAGAUGAGCAGACUAGACCGUUACCAGCGAUUAGAGUAUAUCCGUCAACACUUUUGGAAUCGAUGGCAACGAGAAUAUGUCACGGAGAUGCAACAGAGGCAAAAAUGGCGCAUUCCUACUAGACAACUGCAAAUAGGCGACCUGGUACUUCUGAAAGAAGAGAAUCUCCCCCCAAUGUCUUGGAGGCUAGGACGUAUAACAUCUCUGUUCCCAGGAAAGGACAACGUAGCUCGGGUGGCUGAAGUCAAAACUACCCAUGGUACAUUCAGAAGAGGAGUGAAGUACCUCUGUCCUCUGCUGGAGCCUGCAGACACCUCUUUGGAACCUGAGGAUUCCAAGGCCCCGGAGUAUGUUCAGUCCCAUCACUAGUGGCUGUACCCCAUCACUAUCACUUGUCAAACCGAAUCGGCAACGUCACUUUCUUCUUAUAAUAAAAUUCUAACCAUCAACAUUGUAAAUUGUAAAAGCAAGAAUAUACGCUGUAUUUAAACUUA